UUUCUGCUUGUUUUAGGUUCUCUUUUCACUCUCAGUUAUUGUGUUUUUCCAGCCGGUUCUUGUGAUGGAUAUACAAACUUGACAAAUCCAUGGCGCAACCGAGGUUUUACAUCGACAAGUUUUUCUGGCUUUCCCAAAGAUGAUGGAAAUCUUGUAAACCAGUGGUGGCGCUUCACAGGAAUUGGUGGAGAUAGAAUUGUUACAUCGUGUUUUGGACAGAAUUAUGGUGGUACCAAUUAUCCAAUAUCUGUACCAUUUUCAUAUCCAACAACCGAGUCUGAAACUGCAACUUCAGGGCAGGCACACUGUUAUGUUAGUAGUUGUGGUCAAUACACUAUUACAAUGUACGUGGUUCUGUGUCCUGGAGGAUUUUACAUCUACAAACCAACAAGUCAUCCACAUGGUAAUAUGGGUUACGUGACAUAUCACAGUCAGUGUGAGCCGAACUCAUGUGGACCACUUGCUGAGUGCGACAGUGAGGGAGUGUGCACUUGUGUUACUGGAUAUGAAAUCCCCUCAGGAUAUCUCCCCGUAUUAGAUUCAUUUGGCUGUGUUGACAUAGAUGAGUGUCAGAGGGAUGGAGCGCUUUGUGGAUCUAACUCUAAUUGUACCAAUACUCCUGGAUCACACAUCUGUACUUGUCUGAUGGGAUUCAAUGCAACAAAUCCAUCUUUACCACCUGGAAGCUCCAACGAAUGCACAGAUAUCGAUGAGUGUGUUGACAAUGUCUGUGGUGAUGAUGGGAAAUGUAUCAACACACCUGGAAGUUUUGACUGUGAAUGCAACCCAGGCUAUCAACUCAUACCUGAUGGAACCCCUCCCUGCCAAGAUAUCGAUGAGUGUUUCAACUCCACCGUAUGUGGUCCUGAUUCAAUUUGCACCAACAAACCUGGAGAGUAUACGUGUGAAUGUGAGGUGGGGUACAAAGCAACUGAUCCAGCUAAAGAUCCCAGUGAAAGCAACAUCUGUAUUGAUAUUGAUGAAUGUGUUGAAGAUGCUACCAUCUGUGGACCUCUCUCUAACUGCACAAAUUCCAUUGGGUCUCACAUCUGUGCCUGUUUCCUUGGUUAUCGAGAGAACAACCCAGAAAUGAUAGCCAGCUCUGUGAAUCCAUGCACAGAUAUAGAUGAGUGCAGUGAAACUCCAGGUAUAUGUGGUUUUCAAACUGUGUGUACAAAUGUACCAGCAACCUUUUAUUGUUCUUGUCCGGAUGGUUUUUAUCCUUCAACCGGGAUCUUGUGGACUGUAGGAGUCUCAUUUUGUAAAAGUCUUCAGGAUAUUCUGGAUGAGAUAAAACCACCUGAGGGACAGACAAAAGAGAGGGCCUUUCUUGGUAACAUGGACCAACAACUGUUAGACAAUGAGGGAAUCGUCCUACCAGAACCGACUGUUGCAAACAGCUUCUCAGCAUCUAUGGAAGUGUCAGGUGUUGGUCCUCGUGCCAGGUCAAGAAAGGUGGGUAGUGAAGGAGAUGGGGAGACUGGCAGUGUGAUCCUGGGCAUCUCAGACCGUUUAGUUUCUGCGAUGGUGGAGCCAGGUCAGAACCAAACAAGAACAAGUGUAAGGAGUUCAACAGUAGACUUAAGUCUAGAAACCUUUGGACCUGGAGGCAAAGCAAAGAGCUCUUCUCUCACAGCCAAUGGAAACACCAUGGAAAUCAACAUGGGAAGUUUGGCCGAAAACAACAAUGGUUCUGCAGCAGCUGCCUUUCUGACACUUAAUGGGAUGGAGAGUCUUCUUAGUCAUCAAUACUUUAAAACAGAAAACAGGACAGAGAUGUACUCUGAUGUGAUUACUGCAGUCCUCCCCUCAGUGAACAACACCAACCUCACAGAGCCUGUCAACUUCACCGUUCAACACAAGAAGGUGUCAAUGAAUCAGACAAAAUUACCUGGAGAUGGUAUGGUGACAUGUGUGUACUGGGAGGGCAAACCAGAGGAAGCACAAGGUGGUAAAAAAACAGGAGGAAAGACCAGUACCAUGCGUUGGUCAGUGGAUGGCUGCUGGGUUGCAUACACUACUGAUAACUACACAGUGUGCAGCUGCUCUCAUCUCUCCACAUUUGCCCUCAUCAUGCAGAUCGGGGAGCCUCCACCAGAAGAUGAUUUCUUAGAGUGGCUGAACCGAAUGUGUGUGAUUGUUGGACUCUUCUUCUUUGCUUUGGCCAUUCUCACCUUCCUCCUGUGCAGCUGGAACCCCAAAAUCAACAACACAGCCCGUCUUCACCUCUGCCUCAGCCUCUCAUUAUCACACCUACUGCUGCUGUGGAAUGAAAAAUAUGCUGAACGAGAGCUGGCCUGCACCGUCAUGGCAGGGAUUCUCCACUUCUUAGUUGUUGCCAGUUUCGUGUGGAUGCAGCUGGAAGCAAUGCAGCUGUACCUGCUGGUCCGCAGACUCACUAAGGUGCAGGUCAUCCAGAGAGAUGGCCUCCCCAGGCCACUUCUGUAUGUGAUUGGCUACGGUGUUCCUUUUGUGAUUGUAGGCGUCUCUGCAUUGGUGUAUUCUGAUGGAUAUGGUGCCACUGAGGCAGGCGCGUGCUGGUUAUCACAAAGACGCAACUUCAAUUGGGCUUUAACUGGACCAGUAAUUACUAUCCUUGCACUCAACUGCAUGGUAUUCUGUGCUACUCUGUGGAGUCUGAGACCCACCUUGGCCAACAUGAAGAGUGAUGUCUCUCAGUCCAAAGAUACCAGGUUGAUAGUGUUUAAGAUCGUGGCCCAGUUUGUUAUACUGGGCUGUACCUGGAUUCUUGGCCUGUACCAGACCAAUCUUUUCUUCCAGGUUCUCUUCAUAAUCCUCAACUCACAACAGGGAACCUUCCUGUUUAUCGUCCACUGUUUACUCAACAAAGAGGUCAGAGAGGAGUAUAUGAAAUGGCUGAACUCUUGCUGGAAACACAGAGAAGAUGGAUCUGUGAAGGAUGUGGUAUCAGUUUCAGAGGAUCUGGACAAAACUGAAGAACAGACACAUGGUGGAAAAAACAAGGAUGGCUAA